ACCUCCCUAUAUUCUCUCGUUCCAUAGUAUCCUAGUCCUGUCUCUCGCUCUCGCUCUCGCUCUCGCAGUGACGUUCCGAGGACGGCUUCGUGCAAGUGAAAUGCUGCGGCCGCCGGGGCAGGGUCAUGGCAACGGCUACCACCACCAGCAGCCGCAGCAGCAUCAGCAAAACGGCGGCGGCGGUCCACUGAUUCACAAGCAUCGGAGGGGCAAUCGGGGUCGCAGGUCGCGUUUUGACUACGGAGAUGGCUCUUCUUCAACUAGGGUUUCGGUUUCCGACGGAGAAGACACACGUCCUCCACCUCCUCUUUGUACGGACUUCGACAUGGCUUAUUUCCACUCUUACGCUCACCUUGGCAUACAUGAGGAGAUGAUCAAGGAUCGGGUACGAACUGAAACGUAUAGGGCUGCAAUUAUGCACCAUCAGCAAUCUAUAGCAGGAAAAGUUGUAUUGGAUGUUGGCUGUGGGACGGGUAUUCUUUCUAUUUUCUGUGCUCAAGCAGGUGCCAAACGAGUCUAUGCAGUGGAUGCCAGUGACAUAGCAGUGCAGGCAAAUGAAGUUGUGAGGGCAAAUAAACUAUCUGACACAGUCAUUGUUUUGCAUGGACGGAUUGAGGACGUCCAAAUCGAUGAAGAAGUUGAUGUUAUCAUUUCAGAGUGGAUGGGCUACAUGCUUCUUUAUGAGAGUAUGCUUGGGAGCAUUAUUACUGCCCGGGACCGCUGGCUCAAACCUGGAGGUCUUAUACUUCCUUCAGAUGCAACGUUGUACAUAGCACCUAUUUCACAACCUGACAGAUACAGUGAAAGCAUUGAAUUCUGGCGCAACGUUUAUGGGAUUGACAUGUCUGCUAUGUUGCCAUUAGCAAAACAGUGUGCGUUUGAAGAGCCAUCUGUCGAGACAAUAUCCGGCGAAAACGUUUUGACAUGGCCGCAUGUUGUAAAGCAUGUUGACUGCUAUACAAUUACAAGGCAGGAGCUAGAAUCAGUUACAACAAGGUUUAAAUUUAAGUCCAUGAUGCGGGCUCCAUUUCAUGGGUUUGCUUUCUGGUUCGAUGUUGAAUUCAGCAGCCCUGAAAUAUUUUCCAACAACAAUAAUCAACCAUCUUCGGUUAUUGAGUCUCCAAAUGAGCAUCCUACCAAUGGUAGUCAGAGGAAGAAGCGUGCAAAUCCCAAUGAAGCACUUGUGCUGUCCACUGCACCUGAAGAUCCUCCAACACAUUGGCAACAGACGUUAAUCUACUUUUACGAUCCAAUAGAGGUGGAACAAGAUCAACAAAUUGAAGGAGCUGUGACAUUAUCGCAAAGCAAAGAAAACCCUCGAUUCAUGAAUAUCCAUCUUGAAUAUGCAUCUGGUGGCCGUUCAUUUGUCAAAGAGUCAGUAAUGCGAUAAUAAGAGUCUCUUAACUCUACGUGUGGUGGUUCGUUAAGUUAAAGCUCGAAUAACUCUAUCUGGUUCAACUGGUGGCUAGACUGUUCUCUGCAGGAAUGUUGAAUUAAAUUGGAAAAAUCUAACAGUUUCAGAGGCCGAGUUGAUGGGGUUUCAAGGCUUUGAGUUCCACAAAGCCUGAUAAGAAAUUGUAAGUUUAAUCUAACUUCGACUGCUAACAUAGGUGUAUCGGCUUAUGCAGAAUUUGCUGCGAACCCUGUGGGUGUUUCAAGAACGACAUUAUUUCCAUGGGGUUAUUGAGGGAAUUUUCAAUUGUUUAUUGUCGAUGUUGCCUCUUUGAGGCCAUUUUGUUGACUUUUCCCUGUUGACGGAAAUUUCUGCUUCUGUAAUUGUGUUUGGAUUGCAACCUGUUUAGUAAUUUUUGUCAUAAUCUUCCAUUUCUUGAUAUUUAAAUUUUCGUUAAAUUAUGGAUCGUUGGACAACAUUCUAUUCUUGAUGGAUAUGUAUUUGUUCUCUCAUAA